AUGGCGUACUGGGAACGCUACUUUCGUCGCACGACAUACACUGAAAUGCAACGCGUGCUGCAGACAUGGCGCCUGUCCAUCCUGCGCGUCUCCGUCCUGGGCCUCGGUCUGCUCGCGUCGGCCGUGUACUACUACCGCGAGCACAUCCGGACGAACGUUGCCGAGGAAGUGGCAGACGUCGCAUCGCGCUCUCUCAGUGGCGAAAACGUCAAGAGCAAGGCCGAGGAAGUCUCCAAGCUCGUUGUCGGCCAAGUUCUGACCGAUCCAAACACGCUGGCGCUCGCCACGACCUUUGUGCAAGACCUGAUUGCCCAGCCUCACAUGCAGCAAGCCGUCCUGUCCAUGCUUGUGGCUGUCAUCAACGAUCCCUUUGCAAAGGCCAAGCUGCUCGAGCUCGUCCAAGCCGUGUUUGCCGAGUUUGCCGCGCAAGAAUCCACCCAAACGCUCAUGGCAGACUUUUUCACGCGCCUGUUCCAGCGAGAUGACAUUAAAGCCAACCUGUCCAUCUUGCUGCAGUCUGCCCUCAACGAUCCAGCCUUUGUGGACGCCGCCUCUGUUUUGGCCACCACCGUCCUCACAACUCCCAGGUUUGAGCAGCAGGUUUCGGAACUGGCCAGCUACACUGCCCAUCAGACUCUGAACGAUGAGGCGAUCAAGGUGGCUGCCACCAGCUUUGCUCAGGCAGUGCUCGAUGAGCCGGCCCUCCGCCAGCAAGGCGUAUUCUCUGACGCCUGGAUUUUUGCAAUCACGGCGCCCGCAUCCGACCUCGUCUCCCUCCCCUGGGGCUGCGGCGACGUCAUCAUCGUCGUCGUCGUCGUCGUCGUCUGCCAAGCAUCCGGCACCAGCACCUACGCAGCCAUCGUCUUCUUCAUCGUCGUCUGCGUCGACCAAGCCACCAGCACAUGCGCCUGCGCCUGCACCUGCACCUGCACCUGCACCUGCACAGCCACCGGCACAUGCGCACACAGCGACAUCGCCGGCCAAGUCGGCAGCAACCCCGCAACCACCAUCGCCAAGCCCGGCUACGGUCGCCCCUUGCCCGCACUUGCCCACCUGUACCAGCCCAUGCCAUCGCGACAGCUCCCCGUCGACGAUGACCAAGCGCCAGUUCUCGAGUCGGCAUCAUCGGACACCACUGCACAAGGCCUACUAGAUGCGCCAGCAUCAUCAGCCAUCAUCACUCUGAACGAACUCGACGUGUCGUCUGCACCUUCAGCCACCACCACCCCGAGCGACCACGAUCUGUCCACUUCGCGCGAGGCUGUGGAUGAGUUGCUCAUGGACGUCGACACGCUUCUUGUUGACGGGUCGCACAAAGAUCACCCCGCUGUGCCCUCGAGCUACGACACGGCUGCAGCCCAGCAACGCGCCCACGGCGAUGCCCUAACGGUGCGCGAGUCGCUCAGCUUUGGCACCGAGUGA